GUAUCAUCUGUGCCUAAUCUACCCAAACGAUCUGUCAAGUUUAAGUUUUCCUAGGCCAUUCCAUCUAUUGAUGCAGAGAUAAGUAGCUUCUCACAUCAAGUACCACUUUCCGGGACCAACUUUUAACUGCCCCCAGCUCUGCUCGGACCACCACUCUCUUUUCCCCCUUCCUCCCUCUGUUUGAACGAUGGCCGUCUCAGUCAAAGCAGCUUUCGAAGCGAUGGUACAAUCGCUCGGUCAUCAACGUAUCGUCUCAAUGGUUCGUCUCAUUCAUACCCCAAUCAUUUUAAAUUCUUAUGGGACUAUGGCCACAGUCCUCAACGCUACGCUCCUCGUUUACGAUGUGAUCCUCAAUCUCCCUCUCGAAAUUGAACAUGUUUGGACGAGGCAAUGGUCAUUCUUGACCACUUUAUACGUUAUCCAACGUUACCUCCCAUUCUUUGACACCGUAGGGGUGACUCUCCACCACAAUUUCGGAUUGAGUUUGAGCCCUCGCAUUUGCACCCUGGACUGGGAUAUUACCGCAUGGUCUUUCGUUGGCGGCGUCAUGUUGUCUGAAAUCCUUCUCACCAUCCGUGUCUGGGCGGUCUGGGAGAGGAAGAUCCCGGUAGGCAUGGGGCUUCUUGUUUUCUUCCUCGCCUGCUGGGUUCCUUGCUGCAUUCUCUUGGCACGAUUUUUGAGCACCGUGGGAUUUGAGACUCUCCCGCUUCCUAAUUUUCGCGGAUGCUUCAUCUCCCGUGGAAGCCAUGUCUUGUAUUUAUGUUGGGUCUUGUGGAUGGUCUAUGACACUGGUACAUUGAUUAUGAUGCUCAUUCCUGGAAUAUCGGCAUAUCGGAGAGGCGGGAGAUCUGAGCUUUUCACCGCUGUAUACCGAGACGGCGUGAUUUACUACGCGUUCAUUUUUUUGGUAUCUUUGAUCAACGUGGUCGUCGUCCUCACUCUUCCAGCCGACCUGGUCCAUCUUCUAUCCUCAUUUGAGCGCGUAUUACAUUCCCUCUUGACCAGUCGUGCCAUCCUCCAUAUCCGCCAGGUAGGAACGCGACUUUCGUCUCCCCCGACGCUCUCAUACGAGGUGUGCACGGAGAUUUCCCUUUCUUCUGUCUAGGAGUACCAAGCUGUGCCUCAAUUUUCACUUCAUAAUCUUUUCUUUAACAUUUCCCGC